GAGAGAAGAGAAGCCGGCAAAGACCAGAAACUGGUUUCAACCGAUCUAGCGAGCCUUAAAGCGAAACCCGCGAAGCCAUUGAUGCCUCGUAACGAAUUGAUGAGUUACGAUAGAGAACUUGGAUUCCCUCUCGAUCCUCCCUACUAAAUCGUCGAUAUUCCCCAGCCGGUCGCUGGUUUAACCGCCCGGAAUAUCAUAGAUUUAGAUUGUAUUUCUACAAGGCAACACCUUGUUGCUUGUCGACACCGAGAUUACCAUCGUAAACUGAUAAAACGCUUGAAUUACGGUGGAAUAGAUCGGCCCGUGUAUAUAUUAUACACGCACCGUCGUAUAUUGUCCCAACUGAAUCGCGGUGUUCCAUCGACAGGUGUAUAAGAACAACGAGCUGUUCUAUUACAUCGACGGUUAUGACGUCCAGAAAUCAAAUUGGAUGCGUUACGUAAACCCGGCAUAUUCGUCCGAAUCGCAGAACCUAAUAGCAUGCCAGUAUAAGAUGAACAUUUAUUUUUACACGAUCAAGCCGAUACUACCGAACCAAGAGCUGUUGGUCUGGUAUUGCAGAGAGUUCGCGGAGAGGCUGAAUUACCCGUUAACGGGCGAGCUGAUGCUUCAGAGAAUACGACAACAAGUACAACAAUCGGCGUUGCCAAGCGAGCUGCCGCCCACCGUGGACGUCGUGUCGCCGCUGAAGGACCCGUCGAUCUACGAGAGACGCUCGCAGAUGACACCAACCGACGGAUCGGUGCGAUCGGACGAGGGCUACCACUCGAACGGCUACCACGACGAGGUUCUGACGCCGCCGGAGGAGAGCAGCGAGUCCGACUCGGAGAACAAUUACGUGCUGGACUUCAGCAAGAACUCGAAGACCUCCGUGUGCAGCAACGAGGUGUUGGACAAGCAGGACAACGCGGCGGUGAAGAACGAGUACAGGAAGGUGAAGAUCAAGAUCACGAAGACCUACGGGAACUUCCAGACGACGAAGAGCGGGCUGGACGGCGGCGGAAAAGACAAAGAGCAAGAGCUGUCCAGCAGAGCCGUCACGCCGGAGCUUCAGAAAUCGGUGUCGCCGAUUCUGCUGCAGAAGAACGCGGUCCUCUCGACGGUCAACGAAGACGAGAUCCCGAACGAGAAGAAUCCGAAGCCUUUCUACGAGCCCGAGGUGAAGGGCAACAAUCUCCCCGGGUCCGGAAGGCCUGCCUAUCUGGCGAGUCCCAGUAGUUCCAUCCUCGAGAACAUCUUGCUCCGCAGCAGCACGGACAACAACAACAACAGCCACAGUCAUCAUCACAAUGGGGCACUGCAGCAUCACCAGCAGCAGCAGCAGCAACAACAGCAGCAGCAGCAGCAGCAACAGCAACAGCAGCAGCAACAGCAGCAGCAGCAGCCGCAGCAACACCAUCAGAUUCACCAUCAAACUCAUGUAGACUCUGUCACUCCGCCGCCGUCCAGUCCAACGGAGAUGGCGUACUCGUACAAGAAGUCCCAUCGCUACGGCAACAUUCUACCGUGCAGUCCAGACUCCAGCUCGAACUUGCCGAUGCAAGCGGACACGUGCGUGAACUCGACCAGCGGGAACAGCGCCCUGCCGAUGCAGAGUCCGACGAGUAACCUGCACUCGAGCACGGGCAGCCUCCAUUCCAGCACCGGGAACCUUCAUUCCAGUACCGGGCCGAACGGCAACGUGCUGCAGUCGCAUCCUGGCAGCAUCCAUUCGUCCAGCAACCCGAGCAACCAUCACUCGAGCGCGAACGUGUUGUCGUCCAGCACGAUACUGACGUCGACCAGCAACAUCCACACGUCCGCGGCGAGCAGCAGCUGCCCACCCAAGAGGAAGACCAAGUCGCCGUCGCCGUCCGCGAACAAUCCGAGCAGCGCGGCCACCUCGACGAUCCUCUAUUCGAGCUCCGGCGGUUGUCAGAUCGAGUCGAACCCGGUCUACCCGAACUCAGCGGCGAGCAGCAACCAGAGCGUGUCGCCGAUCUCGCCGAUCCAGUCGCCUUCCUCCUAUCCGUACGGGAUUUACCAUCAGAACGGCUCGUUGCAUCACAACGUCGCGCCGUUGUCCAUCAACUGCACCGCCUACUCGCCGACCCCCAGCGGGAACGUGGUCUACGAGAGGGACGGCAGGCGGCUGGAGGCGGCGACCAGCAGCCAUCAGCUGCCGACCUCGUCCACGAUGCAGAUCGACAGCAACCAGGCGCUGAUCGCCGGCACGCACAACCUACACCUCGGCCAUCAUCCCGGCUUGACCAUCCACGCGAACUCGUCGUCGCUGAACAGAUACUCGCCGGCGAGCUCGCUGUCGCCGGACGAUCACGGCUGCUCGCAGAGCGGCUCGCUCAGUCCCAACUCUCAGGGGUCCAGAGGCUACAGGUCGUUGCCGUAUCCGCUCAAGAAGAAGGACGGGAAGAUGCACUACGAGUGCAACGUGUGCUGCAAGACGUUCGGCCAGCUGUCGAACCUCAAGGUGCACCUGAGGACGCACUCCGGGGAAAGACCGUUCAAGUGCAACGUCUGCACCAAGAGCUUCACCCAGCUGGCGCAUCUGCAGAAGCAUCAUCUCGUGCACACCGGCGAGAAACCGCACCAAUGCGAGAUCUGCAAGAAGAGGUUCAGCUCCACCUCGAAUCUGAAGACACACCUGAGACUGCAUUCCGGUCAAAAGCCGUACGCCUGCGACCUAUGCCCCGCGAAGUUCACUCAAUUCGUUCACCUGAAGCUGCACAAGAGGUUACACACGAACGAGAGGCCCUACACCUGCCAGGGCUGCGACAAGAAGUACAUAAGCGCGAGCGGCCUUAGGACCCACUGGAAGACGACCAGUUGCAGGCCCAAUAACAUCGAAGACGAACUCGCUCUGGCGGCGGCGGUCGGCUCGCCGACUUACUACGAGUACGGGCCUGACAUGAAUGUUGGAAACAUGCCGAAGGAAUGCGAACUGGAGCACAUCGAGAACUACGAGAGGCACGGAUCCGCACACGGGCCGCACUCCACGUCCCUCCACAACCUGGAGAACUCGGUGGGCCGGCCGAGCGUCAUAGAGACCUCCCAGCCUCACAUAAUCGAGUGCACCUAAGAACGGGGGUAUGAGCCCUUUCGCUCCAGCGCAAAAUCUAGCCGUGGAAUAGUAAACGAGUUGCUCACGACAAACGAACCGUACUCGUAACCCCUGCUUCCCUUUCGCGGCACAGAGAGACAGAGAAACAGAGAGAAAGAGAGAGAGAGAGAGAGAGAGAGAGAGAGAGGAACGCGAUUUCGGAACUGUAAUUUUUUUUUUCUUCUCCAAUUUC